AAGUCAGGUUUCGGUCAUUUUUUGAAAUGGAAUCGCAUAGCCGCUUGACUCGUGAAUACAUUGUGUUAACUGUCAACAAACUCAAGAGUCUGACGUCGACGUGGAUUCUUUAAACCUUCGAAGUGAUGCGGGACUCGGACUUUUAGAGGAUUCAUCUUACUAAAUGUUUAGGAUAAAGGACACUCCGCCUUUAUCGUUGUCUCGUGCUGUUAGCUAGAACGCCACGGCUAAGAUAGCCAAACAGCUAAGUUAGCUAGGCAGCUAAGUUAGCUGGUGAAGUGUCCGGGAGACAAAUUCACGUUUUGUCAUUGCGACACUCUGACACAUUUAUAAACAUUAAGAUCGUCGAUAGAUUGUUCCUCCUGGUUGCUGGUCAUGGCUGACAGCAGCAUAGUGACGUUAGGGGCGGCUCGGAGUCUGCUGGUGGAUUCAUCAGUGUAUGAUUCAAGGAUGGGGGAAACCACAAGGGACCAUAUAUUCCUGGGCGCGGUGUGUGACGAUGGCGAAGACGCGCUGCCCAAAGUCGAGACGAGGAUAGUUCUCGUGGGACAAGCGGGAAAAAAUGCCGGGCUGGUCAAAGCACUGCAGACCAUACGAGUAAUGGAGGUACCCGUGGUAAAGUUAAGAGGAGGCGAGUCGUGUGCGGAAGACAAAACGAUGAUAAAGUCUAUAGUCAAUAUGGACAUCACAACUCCGUACAUAAUAGUGGACAACAUCCAAGUGUUUAAAGAGGAGAACGGCGUGGAUUUCGAGACCGUGUUUGUCCUGGCGGACUUUGACUGUCCAGAUUACACGGACCUCUACAAGCGAGACAACAGGAUUGUCGGUCCUCCCGUCGUGCUGCGCUGCGCUUUGAAGGACGAGCCGAUCCCGUUUUCAUGCCGACCUCUGUACUCCACCACCAUGCUGAACCUAUCUCUGUGCUUCACCGGUUUCAGGAAUAAAGAAGAAAUGAAAAACCUCGUGGGUCUGGUUCAUCACAUGGGGGGCAUCAUUCGCAAAGACUUCAGCACCAAGGUCACGCACCUUGUCGCCCACUCCACUCACGGAGAGAAGUACAGGCUGGCGGUGUGCAUGGGGACGCCUAUCCUCACUCCAUCAUGGAUAUACAAAGCAUGGGAGAGAAGAAACGACGUGUCCUUCUUUGCAGGAGAGGAGGCCUUCCGCACAGAAUUCAAAGUUCCUCCGUUCCAAGACUGCACCCUGAGUUUUUUGGGCUUCUCGGAGGAAGAGCGAGCCAACAUGCAAGAGAGGACUCUUAAACACGGUGGCAACUACCAGGAGGUUGGAAAUGAAAGAUGCACGCACAUGGUGGUGGAGGAAAACUCUGUGAAGGAGCUGCCAUUUUGUCCCUCCAAGAAAGUCUUUGUGGUCAAACAAGAGUGGUUCUGGGGGAGCAUUCAGAUGGAUGCUCGAGCAGGAGAGUCCAUGUAUCUCUACGAGAAGAACGACAGCCCGGCCAUGAAGAAGGCCGUGUCCCUCCUGUCCCUCUCCACCCCCAACAGUAACCGCAAGCGACGCCGUUUGAGGGACACGCUUGCCCAGCUCACCAAGGAGACAGAGAUUUCUCCCUUCCCGCCGCCGCGUAAAAGGCCCUCAGCCGAACAUUCCCUGUCCAUGGGCUCCCUGCUGGACAUCUCAAACACGCCCGACUCGUGUAAAGCCCUGGCCAGUACCAGUAUAGAGAGUUCAAAGUCCGCAGUCCUGCCCAAGCAAUCCGGUGCCCGCUGGCAAGUUUCCAAGGAGCUCUACCAAACGGAAAGCAACUACGUAGACAUCCUGAACACCAUACUCAAGCUCUUCAAGCUUCCGCUGGAAAAAGAAGGUCAAGUGGGCGGACCCAUCCUGGCGCCAGAAGAAAUCAAGACCAUAUUUGGCAGCAUCCCUGACAUCUACGAGGUUCACACCAGAAUAAAGAAUGACCUCGAGGAAGUGCUGAGAGAUUGGUCGGAAGACAGGAGCAUCGGAGACAUUGUCCUGAAAUAUUCCAAAGAGCUGGUGAAGGCCUACCCACCUUUUGUUAACUUUUUUGAAAUGAGCAAAGACACCAUCGUUCGCUGUGAGAAACAAAAGCCACGCUUCCACGCCUUUCUUAAGAUCAACCAGGCCAAGCCAGAGUGUGGCCGGCAGACCCUGGCAGAGCUCCUGAUCCGACCAGUGCAGCGACUCCCCAGCGUGGCUCUGCUUCUAAAUGACAUUAAGAAGCACACGUCGGACGACAACCCGGAUAAGCGGACGUUGGACAAAGCAAUUGAGUCUCUGAAGGAAGUUAUGACCCACAUCAACGAGGACAAGAGGAAGACCGACGGUCAGAAGCAGAUCUUUGAUGUGGUUUACGAAGUCGACGGAUGUCCUGCCAACUUGCUGUCGUCCCACCGUAGUCUGGUUUACAGAGUAGAAACCAUCACCUUGGGAGACCAACCAUGUGACCGCGGUGAACAUGUCACGCUCUUCCUCUUCACCGACUGCCUUGAGAUUGCCAGGAAGCGACACAAAGUCAUCAAUACUUUUAAGAAUCCUCUGGGACAAACCAGACCGCCGCCCCCCCUCAAGCACAUCGCUCUGAUGCCGCUUUCGCAAAUCCGGAGGGUCCUGGACCUGCAGGACACGGACGAAUGUGUCAACGCCUUCGCUCUCGUCGUCCGCCCGCCGACGGAACAGGAGAACACCUUGUUCAGCUUCCAGUUGGCCGGAGAGGACACCGUGAAAAGUUCCUGGCUUCGAACGCUGUGCCGCCAUGUCGCCAACACCAUCUGCCGGGCUGACGCGGGCGACUUGAUUCACAGCACAGAUCCAGAUUCCUUACAGGUCAAUACCAAAGACAUGGACAGCACCCUGAGCAAGGCCUCAAGAGCCAUCAAGAAGACCUCCAAAAAGGUGACGCGGGCGUUUUCCUUCACAAAGACUCCCAAGCGUGCCAUCCAGAGGGCGUUCAUGUCCAACACCACCCCAGAUGAGAAAAACCAGCAGCGCCUGACUUCGGAAAACCGCUGCAGCUCCACGCUGGCCAUGUCUCGCUCUGCCUCCACGUUCAGUUUGAGCGACUCCGCCAAAAGUGGCGGCACCGCCGUGCAACGCUCUAACUCUCUGGAACACCCUCCCGUCGGUGGCAGACUUCCUGUCUGCGUUCGUAGUCCUUGCAGCCCAGCAAACCGUAGCACCGUCCUCGUCAUGGACGCCCAAGGAAACCAAAGCCCCUUCCCCAGGAACCAGGCUAAAUCCCCCAUCCUCAAAGCUCAGUCGUCAGGCCUCCGACUUCCAACAUCCCAACGUUCUGCCGAUGCAGCUCGUCUCAACUCGGCUUUGGUUUCAACGACCGAGUCGCGUAGGGAUGCCCGGAUGCCCCUGAACCCUCUCAAGGAAGUCCUGUCCAGUCCUCGAAGGGAGACUCUGCUUUGAUCUCCAGUUUCAUUUUCCAGCACAUCAUUCCCCCGUGAAUCUAUCUUCUGUGUUUGAGAGGAGGUACCACACAUUCGGCCGAUCAAGUACUCAUCUCUUCUGAGAUCUUGCGUCAUCGCACCCCUAUUUUGUGUCUUUGAUUGUAUGUAUGUGUGUAUAUACAGUAUAUCGUUAUAUCGUAUAUGUAGUUGAUCCUUCAUGUUCUACACAGUGUCUGUAUAUACAUAUAUGUUUACUAAUAUAGCCUACUUCUUGCUACUUUUUCUUACCAUGUGACCAAGACCCGUUAUCUGUUAUUUGAUGUUUUGGUUGUUAUUGGUUUUUUUUUUUAACAAUCAUAAAAUCCAGAAAACGGUGUCAUUUUAUGUCCUAAAAAUGCACUACAGCCUUUGUUUUUAAUUUUUAAUAAGUAUUCUCUUUGUAAUGUUUUCGAGUGUGUGCGUAUUUAUUCUUUUAAAAUACAUCCAUAUUAAACCUAGGCCGACAUCACAAUUUUUUGAUUUUCAUAUUUGUCUACUAAUGUUGAUUAUUUGGUAUAAACUUUUAUUGGAACCGAAUGUGCAUUGUUUCUCACACCAAUUCAUAUUCAAUGACUUUAUGGAAUUAUAUUUCAUGUUUCAGUAUGGCAGUAGUGUACCAAUAAAUUCAUAAGAAACUCAAAUCUUAAACCAACUUCAGCUGUCCCAACUGUACGUCCCUUUGAGGUACGUAUAUAUGCUAAGAAUUUAUAUAGUAUAUUUCUAUUUAUAUAUAUAAUCUUUGCUCUUUUUUCACCAUUUUUGCUGGCUUUUUUUUUUACAGUUCUCAAUAUUUCAGUCUACAUUUUCUUGUGAUAUGACUUCAUUCUUAUAAUUGUAUACCUUUUUGCAAAAGUUAAUUUCCAAAAAAAU